AAUAUACAAAUGUCUUAUUUAUUUCCCAUUUUCAGUGUCUAACGAAAUGCGGAAACGUAAACGUGAAAAUGAAGUAAAGAAAUGGACGGAGCAAGAAAUAAAAACAGUACUAAGCUAUAUGCAAGAGCACAGGAACAUAGAGAAACCAACAGCCCAGCUAUAUUAUAAAAAAUUGUUGGCAGAAACAAACAUCAAUGCAAAUUGGAACAUAUUAAAAUGUAAAAUUCGCCAUCUGAAGAGUACUUUGCAAAAAGCAGACGCAUGGAUUAAUUCAACAGGCGCUGGAGUUGAAGAUGAUGACAAUACAAUUACUGUAAAAGACAAGGUGGUUAAAAUAUGUCCACAUUACGAACAGCUUGUCGACAUUUUUUCACCUUCAAAGGAAAUUGAAUUUGUUGUAAUGGACACAUCGAACGCAUUGGACUGUACUCUUGAUGCAAUUGAUUUGGAAGAAGAUAGUGUUAUAUUGGAUGGUGAACUAUCAGCAUCAUCAGAAACUAUCUCCUUUGAAAACAAGGUUAAGCGUACAGCACGUCCUACUUGCAUUGAUAAGCUUAAAGAUAUGGAGAGUGACCGGGUCAAAUUUCGGAAAGAGCAAUUAAGCUUAGAAAUUGAAAAAUUCGAGUGGACAAAAGAAAUGGAAAAACAAAAAUUAGAAUUGGAAAGGCAGAAAGUUGAGAAUGAGUUCAAACUCAAGAAAUUAGAGUUAGAACAAAAAGAAAGAAUUAAAAAAUAUAAAGUUGAUGUGAAAUAUAAAAAUAAAUAAUAAAACAGACUUAUUAAAAAAAUUUAAAAAUGUGUACUUU